UGCUUCAUUUUUGGUUCAGACAACUCGCUUACACAUCCUUGUUGGAAAUGAAGAAAUAUUUAUUAACAUUUAUACUGUGUCUUUAUGUUGAGAAGAAUCAUGUCCGUGCAGCUGAAAGUGACCAGGUGCUAUAUGUGCGCCCAAGAAGUGAAAGACAGACCGAAGUGCUAAAGAACAUAACCUCAAUGCCAGAGGUUAUUCUCUGGAAACCCGAUUCUCCAGAAAAUAUAAUGACAGACAAGGAAGUUCAUUUCUAUAUUAAUAUUUCCGCUGUAAAUUAUGUGAAGUCCAGGCUGAAUGAGUCCGCAAUUUCAUACACGGUCUUGGUUGACAAUGCACAAGAACUUAUUGAACAACAGACAUUAAACAAUACAGUUAAUCCUCGCGGCUCAGAGUCAUAUUAUGAACAAUAUCAUCGACUUGAAGAGAUCUACACCUGGAUGGAACAAAUAACACAGAAGCAUCCUGACAUGCUUGAGAAAAUUAACAUUGGUUACUCCUAUGAAAGGCGCCCUCUCUAUGUACUGAAGGUGUCUGGCAAAGUAAAAACAGCUAAAAAAGCCAUAUGGAUUGACUGUGGGAUACACGCAAGAGAAUGGAUAGCUCCUGCUUUCUGUUUGUGGUUUGUUGGACAUGCCACUGAAUUCUAUGGUGUCGAUAAGAUCAUGACAAAACUUCUACGAUACGUUGACUUUUAUGUGCUACCUGUGAUGAAUGUGGAUGGCUAUCACUAUACUUGGACAACUAAUCGAAUGUGGAGAAAGAAUCGUUCUACCAACAAGAACAAUAACUGCGUUGGAACUGAUUUAAAUAGGAACUUUGAUGCUGGAUGGUGCGGUCCUGGCGCCUCCAGCAAUCCUUGCCAUGACACAUAUUGUGGACCUUAUCCUGAAUCAGAACCAGAAGUGGCAGCAGUUGUCCAGUUUCUUAAACAGCAUAAAGACAGUGUGAAUGGAUACAUAACUAUACAUUCCUAUUCCCAGAUGGUGCUUUUUCCAUACUCAUAUACAAAAGAGAAAAGCAGCGACCAUGAUGAGUUGCUAAAACUGGCAAACAAAGUUACUGAUGGAAUAAGGUCAGCAUCGCAUAAUAAAUAUAUAUAUGGGCCAGGAGCAGAGACCAUUUAUUUGGCACCAGGAGGCUCUGAUGACUGGGCGUAUGAUUUUGGUAUCAAGUAUUCAUUCACAAUAGAACUCCGGGACAGAGGAACAUACGGCUUUUUACUUCCAACUCAUCUAAUAAAACCAACAUGUUCUGAAGCCCUAACUGGGAUCAAAAUAAUUGCAACUCAUAUUGUAAAAAAUCUGUAAUUUUUAAAAAGCCUGAUGCAAAAUUGAAUAUGUCAUAUAAUUAAACAUCAGCAUAGAAUAUACAAUUAACAUUUGUAAAAUACA